GGCUCAGGCACCCUGUCUUUUUCUGGAAUUCAACAACACAUAAAGAGGUCCAAAGUCAAAUUGCUCCCCUUAUGUUUUUGAGGGGAUAAUAAUGUGUGUAUGGAUCGUUCCAAAAUGCUGUUGGUAACAAGCAAGUCAUAUAACACGACCAUCCAUUUUGCUCUUUGUACCCAGUCUAGCUGUUGACUCAAAAAGGAGACGUACAGACACGUCCAGAUGCAUUUUGUGACAGGCGUUGUUGAGACUCCGCUUUUUGAGUCGCUUCGAUUCGCCGUCCGCUCGAGGUACGAGUUGUAUCGUCCAUUUGUCCGUCGGGCAAGUGCGAGUGAAGGAGACGGAGACUGAGGGAUGUCGGGAUAUUUGGACUCUUCAGUCACAAUUUGCGUCUGCUGCUUAUCACCUGGGUUGUCGGGUAGAUACCCCGAGGGGCAUGUCUAGAUGGGGCAUACACUGGAGCCUGGCAAUUCAGCGAAAUCGCUGGGUGCGUGGGCAUAGUGGCCUUUUAGGUGGCCUUUUGCUGAGCUCGAGGAGCAGCGCCCGACGGCUUUCUGGACCGGGCCGCGACACAGGGCCAACGCCCAUUGACGAGCUCGGAGUGACUCGGUCCCACAGCACCAGCGCCAGCAGUAUCGCUGUCGCCGUAACGCCUGCUGCUGUUCUGUGUUUCGGGUCUUCCGCCUCCUCGGCUUUCUCUCCCCCGCCUCCGCUGCUGCUGCUGCCAUCCGUCCGCGCAUUCGCCCAACUCGCCCCGCGCCCAUUCUGCUGGAGCUGCAGCUAUAUUUCUUGCCCGCCACCACGGCGUCCUCCAGCCUGCUCCGGCCGCCUUCCCUGUCCCCCAAGACUUUUCUCGUCCUCACACCGCACCAUGGCGGCAACCAAGAUUGGCGGCACGGCCAUUGCCAAGGAGAUCCGGGAGCGCCUGCGGUCCGAGAUCGAGGAGAAGCAGGCCACAAACCCUCUGUAUAAGCCGUGUCUCAAGAUCAUCCAAGUUGGUGAUCGAUCCGACUCUACCCUCUAUGUCGACAUGAAGCUCAAGGCCGCCCUCGAGGUUGGCAUACAAUGUGACAUAUCCCGCUAUCCCGAGACUGUCUCGGCGGGAGAGCUUCUCACCAAACUCUACAGCCUCAAUAGCGACCCCAAGGUCCAUGGCAUCCUCGUUCAGCUGCCUCUGCCCAAACACCUCGACGAGCACAUCAUCACCUCGGCCAUUGCUGACGAGAAGGAUGUUGAUGGUCUCGGCACCUACAACGUCGGCGAGCUGGCUAAGCGUGGUGGCCAGCCGUUCUUUGUCCCCUGUACCCCCAAGGGUGUCAUGGUCCUGCUCCAGUCGACAGGCGUCGAUCUCAAGGGCAAGAAUGUCGUCGUCGUUGGCCGCAGCGACAUCGUCGGUAUCCCCAUGAGCAAUCUGCUCAGGAAUGCCGACGCCACCGUCACUAUCUGCCAUUCCAAGACGGCCAACCUUCAGGACCACCUGAAGACGGCUGACGUCGUUAUCGCCGCCAUUGGCCAGCCACAGCUUAUCAAGGGAGAGUGGCUGAAGCCCGGCGUUAUCGUCAUCGACGUCGGCACCAACUACAUCCCUGAUUCCACCAAGCCUUCGGGUCAGCGCCUGGUCGGCGACGUCGAUGCCGAGUCUUCUUCUCAGGUCGCUUCCUUCCGCACUCCUGUGCCAGGAGGCGUCGGUCCCAUGACAGUGGCAAUGCUGUUGCAGAACGUUACAGAGUCGGCCACGAUGCACUUCCAGCGGCAAAAGGAUCGCAAGAUUUCCCCGCUAUCAUUAAAGCUGAUCGAGCCCGUCCCCGCAGACAUUGCCAUCUCCAUGGCCCAGGUGCCCAAGCCCGUGACUAAGAUCGCCAGCGAGGUCGGCAUCGCCAGCUCGGAGCUGGAGCCGUACGGCGCGUACAAGGCUAAGGUUGACCUUAGCCUACUUAGCCGCCUCGAGCACCGCCGCAACGGUCGGUAUGUCGUCGUCACUGGCAUCACCCCGACACCGCUUGGCGAGGGCAAGUCCACGACUACGAUGGGCCUGGCCCAGGCUCUCGGCGCCCACCUGGGGCGCCCGACGUUUGCAAACGUGCGCCAACCCAGCCAAGGCCCGACCUUUGGCAUUAAGGGCGGGGCCGCCGGCGGUGGCUAUAGCCAGGUCAUCCCCAUGGACGAGUUCAACCUCCAUCUCACAGGCGACAUCCAUGCCAUCACGGCCGCCAACAAUCUGCUUGCCGCUGCCAUUGAUACGCGCAUUUUCCACGAAAACACACAGAAGGAUGCUGCGCUGUAUAAGCGCCUGGUGCCUGUGAAGAAUGGCAAGAGGGAGUUUGCCCCUAUCAUGUUCCGCCGUCUGCAGAAGCUGGGCAUCACUAAGACCAACCCAGACGAGCUGACCGAGGAGGAGAUAACCCGGUUCGCGCGGCUCGACAUCGACCCUGAGACCAUCACCUGGAGGCGCGUCCUGGACGUGAACGACCGUCACUUGCGAGGAAUCACGAUCGGCACAGCGCCGACGGAGCGUGGCCAGACGCGUGCAACGGGCUUCGACAUCUCGGUUGCUAGCGAAUGCAUGGCCAUUCUAGCCCUGAGUACGAGCCUUGCUGACAUGCGUGAUCGCCUGGGUCGCAUGGUUGUUGCCACGUCGCGCAGCGGCGACCCGGUCACUUGCGACGACAUUGGCGCCAGCGGAGCCCUGGCCGCUCUGAUGCGCGACGCCAUCAAGCCCAACCUUAUGCAGACACUCGAGGGCACGCCUGUUUUCGUCCACGCCGGGCCUUUUGCCAACAUCAGCAUUGGCAACAGCUCCAUCCUGGCCGACAGGAUGGCACUCAAGCUGGUCGGCACCGAGCCCGACGAGGACCACACCUCCAAGGCGGGCUUCGCUGUUACCGAGGCUGGUUUCGACUUCACCAUGGGCGGUGAGCGCUUCUUCAACAUCAAGUGCCGGGCUUCCGGCCUGGUGCCCGAUGUGGUGGUCGUCGUGGCGACUGUCAGGGCUCUCAAGGUGCACGGAGGUGGUCCGCCCAUCGCCCCCGGCGCGCCUCUCAACCCAGUCUACAAGGAGGAGAACGUCGAGGUGCUGCGGGCGGGCUGCACGAACCUGCGAAAGCACAUUGCCAAUGCGUGCCGGUACGGUGUCCCGGUGGUUGUUGCCAUCAACAAGUUCGCCACCGACACAGCCGCAGAGGUGGAAGUUGUGCGCGAGGAGGCUCUUGCGGCGGGCGCCGUCGACGCCGUGCUCUCCAACCACUGGGCCGAAGGCGGCGCGGGAGCAGUCGAGCUCGGCAAAGCCGUCAUCGCGGCCAGCGAGCUUCCCAAGCCCGACUUUGGCCUUCUCUACGGGCUCGAGGGCACAGUGCAGGAGCGCCUCGAGACCAUCGCCCGCGAGAUGUACGGCGCGGCCGCCGUCGAGCUGUCGGAGCUGGCGCAGAAGAAGGUCGACACGUACACGAAGCAGGGCUACGGAAACCUGCCCAUCUGUGUGGCCAAGACGCAGUACUCGCUGUCGCACGACCCCGACCUCAAGGGCGCCCCCACCGGCUUCACUGUCCCGAUCCGCGACGUCAGGAUGGCGGCAGGAGCCGGGUAUCUGUACGCUCUCGCCGCCGACAUCCAGACCAUCCCCGGCCUCCCGACGGCGCCGGGUUACCUCAAGGUCGAUGUGGACACCGAGACUGGCGAGAUCGAUGGUCUAUUCUAAGGGCGUCCGUUUUUUCCCUUAUCCGUUUUCAGUUGUGUUGCGUCUCCGUGCCUGUCGAGAGGUCACGUAUGGGCGGUUCGAUUUUUUCUUUUUCUAGUUUUGGUUUCCUUAUAUGGCGCCGCAUUUGAAGAAGUAGAGCUAGAGAGCAAGAGAUGGAGUGUUUUCAACAACCGGCGCUUAUAACACAGGGGUUACCGGCCGCGUGGGGCACAAAGACGGGAUUUUGGUCACCAUAUGCAUGGCACCUGUUCCCCUUGGAAGCGGGCAAACGAAAGGCAGCGGGCGUUUCGGGUAUCUUUUCACUUCAUCAUGAAACGAUACCCUAGGUAGCUAGAAAUGGGCGUAGGAGGACUUUCAAUAAGUGGGUAAAUCACAAGCUAAGAACAUAGAGCGAUACGAGGUUGCAGCCGCGGAUUUGAGCCCGGCCUCUGCCGUUCACCGUUUGAGUAUCAUUAUGGCUAGAGCAUCCACCUGGAGGAGCAGGUGGUAUCC